AAUCUUCUGAGGAGACGAUGCCCAGAGAGCCUCUGAUAACUAAGGGUGACUGUCAAGAGAGGAGAAUCCCUGAAAUACGCGCACAUAGGUAUAGUCCAAACCUCAAGAGAGGAGUGCCUGAAGAGCGUCAUAGCCCCGAGGGAUGGGCUGAGAAAAUGAGCACUUCAGUGUGGGUUUCCGGAAGUGGGUCAGGGCCCUGAAGGCAGUCCAAGACAGAGGAAGAGCCCAGCAGGAAGCAUGUCAAGAGAGUCAAGAGAAGGUCCAGCUUCCGGGGGAAGUUCACCGAGAGAUUCUGAGCUCUGAUAGAAGGGCGCCAACACUCGAUUUGGGACUUGACAGACAACACCAAGAGAGGGAUGGAGUGCUGAGGGACAAGUGAACCAAGAGAGAAGGAGCACUGAAGUGUUGGAACCAUAAAGGAAAAGCACCGAGACAGACAGAACCCUGAGGGAGCUGAAAACUCCAGGGCAGGGUCAGAGUUCUACAGACGUGCACCAAAAGACCUUUGGAGGUCUGAAGGUUAGAAUAGGGGUUCAGAGCCCCAAGGGAAGGACAACAAAAAGCUGUAACUGAAAAACUCCUCAGCAACUGGCUUUUCUCUCCCACGAGCCCUGCUUUCACCGAGCACUUGAAGAUGGAGGUAGAUGAUCUCUGGGAGGCAGAAUACAGUGUGUCUAGGUGGCAUUGUGCAGAGGAAAAUCCAAUUUGAGGCGACCCCAAAUCAGCAGAUUCUCAGACCUCGUGCUCAGUUGCCAGGACUCAUGGACCCGCUGAGGCAAGGACUGCUGAGGAAGUCCAGGCACCCUCUGGAGAUGGUCGCCCUGCUGGCCUUGCUCAUAGCCAUGGCCUUACCAUUGGCUCAGACCAAGGACAGGAUCAGGAGAGCAGAGAGAAUGAGGUGUCACGUCUGUGAGGCAGAGAACAGCUUUAACUGCACGAGCCCUGUGGACUGUCCUCAUGACAAACAGUUCUGUGUGGUGGCUGCCGUUCGAAUAUUUGAACGUUUCUACCUUACUUCAAAACAGUGCACCAAAGCCUGUCCAGUCCCUGCACUUUUGCUACAGGGCAUGCGGCCUAAUGUACCUCCUGAGCCUAAGCCGUUUUUGGUCCAAAACUCCUUGCCCUUCAUAUACACGCGGUGCUGCAAAUGGAGCUUGUGUAAUCAGGGUGGGCCGAACAUGCCGAAGUUCAAGGAGCAGCCUGGAAAAGCCAGCGAGAGAAGAGAAACUGAGCUCUCCCUCACUGUCUUCAUAGUCCUUACUGUCCCUGCUCUCACAGACCUCAGCCUGCUCUAAGGUGCAGAGACCUGGAGCAUGCCUUGUGGGACAGGAAUUCCUGGUACCCUGCUGGACCCUUCUAAUUAAAUGUGUUCUCCUUGUUAA